AUGGGUUGGAAUAGUCUGGGCGGGGAAAUCAUUGGUGAAGCAGCCACUGUGUCGUGGGCAUCGGACAGGCUUGACGUCUUUGUUCGAGAUAUCCAUAAUCAAGUUCUGCACAAAUGGCGGGAGGGCCAGGACUGGAAGCCUAGGUCCGGUUGGGAGUCGCUCGGCGGUGAUAUUGCCGAAGGGCCAUCUGCCGUUUCCUGGGAUCGCGAGCGGCUGGAUGUGGAACCCCCUAACAACUGGGAACCCCUCGGUCACAAUAUCAUCGAGAAGCCGAUGGUUGUGUCAUGGGGCGCACAUCGACUUGACGUGUUCGUUCAUGGGGCUUCCGACCAUAAUCUCUGGCACCGAGCGUGGACUGGGCGACAGUGGGAAAGCUGGGAGUCGCUCGGCGGUCCGAUACUUGGCACCCCAGCACCAGUAUCAAUGAGCCCAGACAGAGUUGACGUCUAUGUCCGUGGAACCAACAAUGCCGUCCUUGGCAAAGCCUUGCUUGGAACCUCUUGGACUCCAACUUGGGGCUCACUGGGAGGUAACGUGCUUAGCGGCCCAGAGGCUGUAUCAUGGGGUCCUGGCCGAAUCGAUAUUUUUGCGCAUUGGGCUGACGACAAUGUGUUUCACAAGGCCUUUGAUAACGGCCAGUGGGGACCUUCGCAAAAUAAUUGGAAUCCAGCUCUUGGUAAGAUGUUGAAAGGGCCACGUGCAGUAGCUGGAAGUGCCAAACAUCUAGACGUUGUCAUACAGGCCGCUGAUUUAAGUGUUCGGCAUAAAGCGUGUUAUGAUGGGGUAAACUGGGUGCCCGCGGGUACUAACUGGACAUCACUUGGGGGCGCAGUUGCUGGGGUACCAGUUCUGAGUCCGCUCGGUUCCCAAAAGUUGGAGGUCUUCGUUCGCGGCCGUAACGGAGAUUUGGUUUUUUGGUCUUGA